AUGUUGGGUGACGGUACUUCUGUGUUAAGGAUGCCACUCAUACGACGUGUUGGGUACAAAUACUUGCGUCUUUGGGCAGACAGGUCUAGUAGUACCUUAUCGAAGAACGCUGUGGAUCAUCGCCGUCCACGAAAAUGGACGCAAAGGUCUCAGGUAUCAUCGUCCUCGGGCGCAGCCAACCGCAGUAAAGUGCCUGAAUACUUACGAAUUCUCGAUCAAAUUCUUCAUGGCCUUCACGAGCCUUCGAGGUCUCAGCACCUGAAAGAAUCUCGAAGAGGCGACGUUUUUGUCCGGGAAUCGGGAGGCCCUAGCCGUCUUCGGUCCAAGAUGCUGGAAGCUAUCAACCCUGAAAUCCUUGCCAUGCUGCAGGGUGAGAGAUUCAGUCUGGAAUCUCACCUUUGGAAUGGUACUGCCGAUAUAUAUGCUGGCCAGUCGCAGCUCCUCGAAAGACGCAUCACAGAGCACACAAGAGAGCGAAUUCGCUUCCAGCAGAGACUUGAAGCCGAGCGAAACAUCGGAGACCAUAAAAAGCUGCCCUCCAGCCAUUUUGCACAGCUGCCAAGACAGCCCGCCACCGAGACUGCAAAAGAUCGACAACAGCUACUCUUAACCAUUCUCGAAGAGUACGCCGCCCUCAUCUUCCGGACACUGCCGCCGAGCGAGCCAGCUUUGAGGCUGCCUCCAGACUGUGAAGUUCAGCCUCAUUCGUCGUACGCGAAGAGCUCCAAAAAUAGCAAAAUGGGGAGACUUGGACUCCAACUCUAUGAAGAGCUCUGGAGACAUGUGAACAUCUCGAAAGGCGAUUCAGAGACUAUUCCCAUCGUCUGCGGGGAGUGCAGGAAUGCAUCGACUGGUAUGCUAGACGAGGAGCCUUUGUUUGAACCGAAGGCGCAUUCAUGUGCCAAGGGAUCAGUUCCGCCCCUGAAAGACCUUCAAUUCCGCCAAGAGGACGUAUCUCAGAUCAAGAAGUCAGCUUCCAGCCGACGUAUUCAAUCUCAUAUUGAUGACAUUCUACGAACUUAUACUGUGGAUUCAGGCGCACGGAAUUCAGGCCAUGCCCUCGGAGAGAAAAUGCAACCUCCCAGCGCGAGCCGAAGACAUCAGGAGGAGCCUAUGAUAGACUUGACAAUACAUUCACCGAGUGGUCUUCGUCUGCAAAGACCAAGAAACAUCAGCCAGUCAGCCUGUGGCGGUUAUAUCAUUGCCCCUCCAUCUCAAAUUACCGGACAUCUGGAAUUAUCUGUCAGCCUUGAUCACUUGGAUCCUAUCGCCCCAUCUUCUGUCUUUAAUCUACAAAUUAUGAAAGCAGUCGCUUCACUUCCCGUCGUUCUUGUGCCGCGACCGGGUACUCCCUUAGAUCAUAUUGCCGCGAAGGCCUGCCGCGAAACUGCUCCCAUCGACUACUUCCCGCCUGUGGCUGAUGGUUCGGACGACGCUGAUGUUUCCCAAUAG